UCCUCCUCGCUCCUGAGUCACCGCCAGCCCCGGCCCGCGCAGGGUUUGAAAUCUAGGAGAAUGGCAGACAUAGACAACAAAGAACAGUCUGAACUUGAUCAACAGGAUAUGGAAGAUGUUGAAGAAGUAGAAGAAGAAGAAACUGGUGAAGAUGCCAACAGCAAAGCUCGGCAGUUGACUGUGCAGAUGAUGCAAAAUCCUCAGAUUCUUGCAGCCCUUCAGGAAAGACUUGAUGGUCUGGUAGGAACAUCUACAGGAUACAUAGAAAGCUUGCCUAAAGUUGUUAAAAGACGUGUGAAUGCUCUCAAGAACCUUCAAGUUCAGUGUGCACAGAUAGAAGCAAAGUUCUACGAGGAAGUUCAUGAGCUGGAAAGAAAGUAUGCUGCGCUCUAUCAGCCCUUAUUUGACAAGCGAAGUGAAAUCAUCAAUGCAAUUUAUGAACCUACAGAGGAAGAAUGUGAAUGGAAAGCAGAUGUCGAAGAAGAGAUUUCAGAGGAAAUAAAAGAGAAAGCCAAGCUUGAAGAGGAAAAAAAAGAUGAAGAAAAAGAAGACCCUAAAGGAAUUCCUGAGUUUUGGCUGACAGUAUUCAAGAACGUGGACUUGCUCAGUGAUAUGGUUCAGGAACAUGAUGAACCUAUCCUGAAACACUUAAAAGAUAUAAAAGUGAAAUUUUCAGAAGUUGGACAGCCUAUGAGUUUCACAUUAGAAUUUCAUUUUGAACCAAAUGACUACUUCACAAAUGAAGUAUUGACAAAGACGUAUAGAAUGAGGUCAGAGCCAGAUGAUUCUGAUCCCUUCUCCUUUGAUGGACCAGAAAUCAUGGGUUGUACAGGUUGCCAAAUAGACUGGAAAAAAGGAAAGAAUGUUACUUUGAAAACUAUUAAGAAGAAGCAGAAACAUAAGGGUCGUGGAACAGUUAGAACAGUGACGAAAACUGUUUCCAAUGACUCUUUCUUCAACUUCUUUAGUCCUCCUGAAGUUCCUGAAAGUGGAGACCUGGACGAUGAUGCUGAGGCAAUCCUUGCUGCAGACUUUGAAAUAGGUCAUUUCUUGCGUGAACGUAUAGUCCCCCGAUCAGUAUUGUACUUCACAGGAGAAGCUAUUGAAGAUGAUGAUGAUGAUUAUGAUGAAGAGGGUGAAGAGGCAGAUGAUGAGGAGGGGGAAGAAGAAGCAGAUGAAGAAAAUGAUCCUGAUUAUGACCCAAAAAAGGAUCAAAACCCAGCAGAAUGCAAGCAGCAGUGAAGCAGUGUGUAUGUGGCCUUGAGGAUUACCUGCACUGUAAUAGCCUAAACACAACUAUUAGUUACUUACAGCCUUAUGUUUUGUAUCUUGGUAGAAUUAAGUAACCAAUUUGUUAAAAAAAGAAAUCAAACACAUAAGAACCAGUUUAAAAUGUAGGUUCAAUCUACCUAGCAUUUUAACAGUAUAAUUUUCUGCCAAUAUGUAGAAUGCAGUAAAUCCCCUAAAGCAUGAAUGUUAAUUCAUUGCUACAUAGUUUGGUUCUUGUGAAGUCUUUGUCAUGUAGCUAUUAGACUGCAGCUGUGAAGAUUAUCAGAACUGUUAACUGAGACCAAUAUUUGUUUAGAGAAAACUCUCUCCUGAAGAACCAACCAAAGUAUUUUUCAGCCCAGUAGUCUGAACGGGUUUAAGUCUGCUUGCACUAGCUGUGCCUUCAUUACUUUGUUAUAGAAAUGGCAGUGACUUGUACUAACUAGGAGAUGAUGAUGCAUUUUGAAUUUGACUACUUGAGAAGACUAGUAUAACUUGUUUAAUUUCCAACGAGACCACAUUAAACAUUCAUAACUGUCAGCUUGUUUAUGCUAUGGGUUUUGUAUUUUAUGUGACAUAGUGAUCUACAGAAGAAACCUAGUCAUCAUAUUAAGGUUAUUGUUUACCACUGGGGUGUGAAUAAAACCUAGUAUUUUCAGAAGCUA